CAACCUUAGAAGAAAUCAUGAACAUGGACCAAAGCAUGCCCUAUGACAAGUCUGCAAGGGGCAGAGUUGUGUUUGCAAGCAGUCCAGAGACAUAUACUAAUGCCAAUGGUGAGACAAAGCAGUCAAAGUCUGUUGCUAUAGCAGAUGACAAAAAAGCUGUGAAAGUUGUGUCGUAUGACCCAACCCAAUUCAACAAACUUGUUGAAGGUAAAACAAUAAUGUUGAGAAAUUUCAUCCGAAGGGAUGGGUAUAUCAUUCUAACCCGAACAUCUAGACUGUUCCCAACACAAGAAAUUGAAGUCCCUGACAGCAGAGUACAAGAGGGUAAGGCUCUUGUCAAUCCACCAGCGGCUCCUGUGGUUUCAUUGAGAGAAGCACUAAGAUCACCUCCAAAAACCAAAACGACUGUUUGCGGGAAAGUCAUUCAGGAUGAAGAAGAGCGUGACAUCCGGGUAGGAAAGUCGAAAAGUCCGACAAAGAUGAGAACAAUUUACAUACAGGAUGAAACGGUGGACAGAGUAAAAGUGGCUUUGUGGAGAAACACUAACAAAAACGUCAGAACUGGGGAUUUCGUCAAAAUCACUUAUUUGACAAUACACACUUACCAAACAAAGUACACAACUGAAACCAGCUUCAAUUCUACCUACACAACUUCAGUUACUAAAGUCGAACAACCAACUGUACAUGUGACACUUACAGUAAUUGGUGCCUGUGUACAAGAUGACGUUACAGAACUUCUCCUCAGUGAUGACUCUGUGAGGGCAAUUCCUUCACAAUUAUUAAUGGCUGCCCUUCCAAAAGAACUUGAAGAAGACUUGGAUCCAGAAUCUUUCUUUGCAGAGCGAAAAACAAACUUAAGGCUGCAAUUAAAAGGAUCGGAAGUACUUUCAGUGAAACUUCAGUAAACUGUUAUACAUAUACAUGACAUUAUUCAGCAUUC